AUGUUCAAUGUGCGUGGUUUAGAUAUACGUUAUCAAGAAGUUUUGCUUCUUAUUUCAUCUUUUAAUACUGAUGUUAUCAUACUUUUAGAAACUGGAUGCAUUGAUUUAUAUGAUUAUAGACAAAUGUUUUGUGACUUUAAAAUUUUUCAACAAUCUGGUGAAAACAGUAAUGGUGGUAUUUUGAUUUUGGUUCGGAAUGGAAUUAUGGUAAAAAGAGUAGAAUGUAAGUUACCUAAUGUAUGUGUCAUUGAUGUUGAGUUAGAGGAAGAUCUUAGAAUAAUAGGUGUAUAUGCGCCUGAUAGUCGUUCAUGGAGUUGGGAGGAUCUAUCUCCUUUUGUUAAUGAUAAAAGUGUUGUAUAUGGUGAUUUCAAUGUAGAUUUAGAGCAAGAUGGUGUUAUAGCUGACAAUUUGUUGGAUUGGGCUGACUCAUUGUCUUUAUCUCCUUUUGUAACUGAUGAUCCUACUUCUCUCAGAUCAGAUAGAAAGAUUGAUUAUGCUUUUUCAAAUAUGACUGGAAUUGAUAUUCAAACGCAUAAAAUGAAAACUACUAGUGACCAUAGUCCAGUAAUUUCAGUUAUACCUAUGAAAUGUAGGAAACAGGUUAACGGUAAAUCAAUUCAUUGGAAAGUUUAUAGUUUAUUUACAGAAUAUACAUUUCAAUUUUGGGAAAAGUGUUGGUGUUUUGAAAAUGUUGAUGUUUCCUAUAAUGAUUAUAUUCAAUUUCUUAGUCUUCUUACAGCCCGUUGUACAGUAACUUUUCCGUUGAGCAAAUAUAGAAUUACUAUUCCACCUUAUAUACGUUGCUCUAUGUCUUAUGUACGAGCUCUUUCUUUUCGUCAGAAGAGAACUAAAAGCUUAGAUUUAAAACGUGAAGUAUGUUACUUACGGAAAAUUAUUAAAAAUGAACUUAAAUUCUUUUUAUCCUCUCAACUGUCUUAUGCUCUGCAACUAAGACAUACAAGAUCUCCUAUAUCUGUCUCUUUUUGGUCAAAGGCUAAACGUUUUAUUAAACCAACUUCGUCCUCUCUUAAUGGUUUUAUUGUUUCUUCAGGUGCAAUUGUGAAUGAUUCUAUUGGAAUGUGUGAUAUAGCUGCUGACUUUUAUGAAGAUUUUUUCAGAAGAUCUGAUAAUAUAGUUAGACCACAUCCUUAUGUUGAUGCACCAUUACUAGAUUUUGAUAAUAAAGAUGAUCCUAUUCCUGAAGUAUCUUUAGAUGAAUUAUUACAGGAGGUUGAUAGUAUAAAAAAAAAGAAAUCUCUAGAUGCACAUGGUUUGAGUAAUUAUAUGUUCAAUUUCUUACAUUCAUCGCAUUGGUCAUUUCUUCUUCAUCUUUAUAAUCUUUCUUUUUCUUCAGCUGUUCUUCCUGUUGCAUGGAAAGAUACUAGAAUUUUACUUUUAGCUAAAAAAGAUUCAAUUUGUUCACCUGCAUUAACUCGUCCUAUAUCUUUAUUAGAUUGUUUUCAAAAAGUUGGUGAAAAAUUGUUUCUAUCUAGAUUUCGUGAUGUUCUUUAUAGAAGAGGUUUACUUCCUAACAAUCAAUCGGGGUUCCGUGAAGGAUUUAGUUCUCCAACGGUUACGUUAUUUGUUGAUUUCAAAAGUGCGUUUGAUAUGUUAUGGCAUGAAGGUUGUGUUGGGAAAUUUCGUAAAAUGGGCAUUCCACCAUCAUUUACUAAUUGGAUCAGAGCUUGGCUUGAGAAUAGAAGAGGAUUCAUUGAAAUUAAUAGUGUAAAAUCUAGAUGGUUUGGGAUUGAAAAAGGUGGUCCCCAGGGAAGUUCCCUUACUCCUACUGUUUUUAUAUCAUAUCAUGCUGAUAUGCCUGCUUUUCUUUCGUGGUCGUCGUCACAUCUUUUUGCUGACGACUUGGCAGCUGUUGUUGCUGGUCAGAUAGGAUUGAAGUUUUCUAUUCAAUGUAUAGAUCUUGAGAAAAGACUCAAGUUAUUUUGUGAUCAAUUUGAAUACUAUUGUAUUCUUACACUUCAACCGAUAAACUAUACUAAAACUGAAGCUUUAUGGAGUACACGUGCUCCUUUUUCUCCUCAAUUUGAUAUUAUACUUGGUGGUCAUACAAUUAAGUGGAAAAAAGAGUUUAAAUAUCUUGGAUAUUAUAUUACUCCUAGGGUUCUUCGAAGAGCUUUAUUUUCUUCUUAUGUUUUACCAUUGUUUACAUGGUUAUAUCCUGUGUUUCCUCUUCUUACAGAUCUUCAACGUGCUCAUCUGAGUCAUUUUUAUUUCACUUGUCUUAAACGUGUUUUAUUUUGUCUCGUUGUAAAUGGUUCAACUUGUCCAAAUCGACAAUCAAUAGAAGAGUCUCUCAAGCAAGUACAUAUUCCCGGAGCUGUAAUCAUCGUAGUUAAUGCUACUCAUACGCUCUAUGAACAAGCCUUCGGUUACCAGUCCAUUUCAUCUCAACAGCCUAUGGAUGUAGAAAAAUCGAUUUUCGCUCUUAGCUCGAUCUCAAAAACAUUCAUUGCUGUCGCUGUCAUGCAACUUGUCGAACAAGAACUCAUCGAUCUUGAUACUGACAUCAACGAAUACUUAGCAGAGUCUCAGAAACGCAUCUAUCAUCCGUGGUAUCCUUCUCAUGCAAUCACCCUACGCAAAUUACUCUCACAUUCGGCUUCGAUCGAUGUUAUACCCGACGCACAAAAUACUUAUUUACAACCGAAUGAUGAUGCAUACAGUGAAUCGUUGGCUGAUGGAUGUUUCAGAUAUUUGAACUCAAAUCCAUCAAACUGGCUGCCAAAACCACCUGGCAGUGUAACAUGGUACGCCAAUCUUGGUGCAGCACUAGCUGCAUUGAUUGUUGAACGAGUAGCAAACAUGUCCUAUAUCGACUACAUCGAAGAAAGAAUUUUAAAGCCAUUAGGUGUGGAUAUCAGCAAAACCGGUGUACGUCUAGCUGACUUUGAAAAUACAGAAGAUCUUGUUAAGCAUUAUGUUUAUGCAUUCAAUGCAUCUGAUCUCGAACAGUGGCACAAAUUCAUUCCACAUUUGAAUAUCACACAGAUGACGCACGGUCUUCCGACGUGGUUAUACAUUCCACACUUCGGCUUCAGUGUUUAUCCUUCUGGCCUCUUACGCAUGUCAGCUCGUGCUCUAUCUGUGUACCUUCAGAUGUUUCUCAGGAAUGGAUCUUCAAUUCUUAGUCCUCGAUCCAUUGCAGAAAUAGAAAUAGUGGUUGGCGGCGGUCUCAUACCAUAUUUCAAUCAAAAUUUGGGUAGUAAUUCUACGGGACAGCGUGCACCGUUUCAGUUCGGUCUUAGUUGGUAUUGGGAUACCUUGAGCGAUGGUCGGCGAUAUUUUGGUCAUGGUGGGUCGCUUCCAGGUAUAAUAAACUUAAUGCUGGUUAAUGAAAAGCGCCACGUGGGUGUGAUUGUUCUUUCGAAUGGCGAUGCCACUUCAGGAACUAAUUUAGCGCAAGAGGUUAUUCGUACAUUGGAAAAUAUCCAUCGAUCGUUUUUUAAAUGUUUCGACACUGAUGUAGUUCACGCAUCUGCUGCUGAUACAAAGGGAAAUGUCAUUGGAUUAUUUUCCGCUAUUUUUAUUCUUUAUGCUACUUUUGAGUAG